GGAAUUGUUUGCUUAUAAAAGUUAACAAGUUUGGAAGAAAGUAAUUAGACGCGUAUAAUUUGUAAAUUCCAUAGUUGUUAUAAUAUUUAAAGAAUAAAGUAUGAGCUGAAUGUAUUCAAAUAUUUUUUGGUAAAAAGAAAUUUUCCAACUAUGUUGUUGACUUUAAGGUGAAAGGAAUAUUUCAGAGAGCGCCACAUGUAAAUUGAUGAAAACACGUCAUCGUUACAUUUAACAGUACACAAGUAGAGGAAUGAAAUUUUUCCUCAUACGCGAAUUUUAAAUGUCAACAUUUGUGUGAAAAUUAUUACUUUCGCGUAAUUAGGCAUUUUUCAUGAUAAAAAAAAUGUACUUAAAAAACGUAACAAUUGUUAAAGCAUUAUGGAGAUCAUUCUAACCUAAUUUACUUUCCUUGAAUGAAUAAUAUCGUAAUAUAAAGUAUGAUGUCCAAUGGAAUUUGGAUCUCUACUGAAGAAGUUGGAGGAAAGUCAAUGUCAAAGAAUGCAAAUUGUUCACCCAUAACAUCUUCAACAUUGAAUUCCCCACUUAUGAAGUUGUCUUCAUAUUUCUUAGCCGUUCGACCAUGGUCAUUAAGUGCUUCAUUAAUGCCAACACUUCUUGGAUCUGCAUUAGCAUAUCGAUUAACAAGUACAGCAAGUUUUAGCUGGAUAUCUUUGAUUCUAACAGUAUAUACAGUUUUUUGCGUACAUGGGGCUGGUAAUGUAGUAAACACUUAUUUCGAUUACAUAAAAGGAGUUGAUAGCCGGAAAAGUGAUGACAGAAUAUUGGUAGAUCAACUUUUAUCAAAGGAUGAAUUAGUUUCACUAGGUGCAAUAUUAUAUACAGCAGGGUGUUUGGGUUUUGUUCUAUUAACAACUAUAUCUCCUGCAAGAAUGGAACAUCUUGCACUUGUGUAUUUUGGAGGUUUAUCCUCUUCAUUUCUUUAUACAGGAGGAAUAGGAUUUAAAUACAUUGCAUUAGGUGAUGUCCUUAUCUUAGUUAUAUUUGGUCCAAUUUCAGUUUUGUUUGCAUUCAUGGCUCAAACUGGUUAUAUCGAACUAGGUACAAUAUACUAUGCUAUACCUCUUGCAUUAAAUACAGAGGCUAUUCUACACAGUAACAAUACCCGAGACUUAGAAAGUGAUAAAAAGGCAGGCAUAGUGACAUUAGCUAUUUUAAUAGGUCAUACCAUAUCUCAUGUUUUGUAUGCUUUUUUAUUAUUCACUCCAUAUGUAACUCUGGUAGUGCUUGCAUUAAGGUAUUCUAUAUGGUUUUUAUUACCAGUAACUACUUUACCAACUGCCUUCAAGAUAGAAAAACAAUUCAGAAACCCUCAUAUGAUUCAGAGUGUACCCAAGCAAACAGCUAAAUUAAAUAUGUUUCUGGGCAUUUUAUAUGUCAUUGCUUGCUUACUUGUGAAUCCCCUUCCCUAUCUGUAACAUACAUAUGAUUUGGUAUCAUUAUCCAGAAAAGAACUUAAAUGUGCAAAUAAUUGUAUGAGCAGCUGUUAGUGUAAUCUUAUAUAAGUUACAAAUGUUGCUUUCACCACUUUACAUUGUUAUUAAUUCUUAAUUACAUGGUCAAGUGAUGCAUUAUGAAAUGCAUUUCUUAGUAUAUCGUAUUAAUAAUAUUUGUAAUACAAUAAAAAUUUGGAGAUAAUUUUCUAACAACGCAAAGGUCUUGAAUAUGUACAAAGAAAUUAUACAGUUAAUAAUUUGAAUUUCUAUUUGUAAUUUUUCCAUUGUGUGUAAUUAACAUAUUUUUGCACUUAAAAUAAGUGUAAAAGAUGAAUUUAUGAAUAUAUAUAAUUAUUUAAACAUGUUUAUAAUAGUUCAUCUUAAAUAAUUUAUCUUCUUUAUUUAGAAACUAAGUAAUGUUAUUUAUAAAAAACCGAUAUGCAUAUCUUUUGUAACCUCAAGGAUAUAAGAAUCUCGAGAAUAGAAAUCUACACGUACAUUGCAGUUUUUACAUUUUAUAAAUUGAUAAAUUUACGAAAUAAGACAAUAAAUUCUUACGAUAUUUUGAUAACGUAUUAAUACAAUAUUAUUUCGUUGUUUCGUAUUGAUGUAUAGAUUUGUAAUACAAUCAUUAUUGUAAAUUAUCGA